UAAGGCACCUGUUCUGGAGUGGAAAUACUGGCGUUAGAGAAAUUUGUUGCACACGUCUUGAUCUGCGCUUGAUGGACACUACAAUGAGUAACCAGUCCAUGACAGGAAGGACCAUGGUCCCGACCAUACCGUCUAUCAUGUUUAUUUUCGGUGUGGUCGGGAAUGUCAUUGCUAUCGUGGUUUUGUGCAAAUCACGCAAAGAACAGAAAGAGACUACUUUUUACACGCUGGUGUGUGGACUGGCAGUCACAGACCUGCUGGGGACUCUGCUUGCCAGUCCGGUCACCAUCGCCACUUAUGUGAAAGGCUCCUGGCCCGGAGAGGACCCGCUCUGUCAGUACUUUGGAUUCACCAUGCUUUUCUUCUCCUUGGCUGGGCUCAGCAUCAUAUGUGCGAUGUCGAUCGAGAGAUACUUGGCCAUAAAUCAUGCCUACUUCUACAACGACUUUGUGGACCAAAAGCUGGCGGGCUUGACGCUCCUGGCGAUCUACAUCUCCAACGCGCUCUUCUGCGCCUUGCCGAGCAUGGGCUUUGGACAAGUGAAGAAACAAUAUCCACAGACCUGGUGUUUUAUAGAGUGGAGGAGCAACGUGAGCAGCGAUGCAGCCUUUUCCUACAUGUAUGCCGGGUUCAGCUCUGUCCUGAUAUUCGCGACUGUGAUCUGUAACGUGCUGGUGUGCGGGGCUUUGAUCCGGAUGCACCGGCGCUUCGUCCGCAGGAUGUCGCUGGGGACCGACCUGGGGCGCAAUGUGGACCCGAGGAGGAGAUCAGGGCGCAGCUUCAGGCGUCUGGCCGGUGCAGAGAUUCAGAUGGUCAUUUUGCUCAUAGGCACGUCGGCAGUGGUGCUCAUCUGCUCUAUUCCACUUGUUGUGCAGGUGUUUUUGAACCAGCUGUAUAAGACUCCUGUGGAGCUGCGACUGGAUAAGAACCCUGAUCUACGAGCGAUACGCUUUGCCUCCUUCAACCCCAUCCUUGACCCUUGGAUCUACAUCCUGCUUCGAAAGGCCGUACUUCUCAAGCUCAUUGAAAAAAUCAAGUGCCUGUUCUGUAAAAUCGGAGCAAGGAGACAGCAGAGACAGGGAAACUUCCCCUGCAUAGACACUCAUCAGCUCUCCUCGAUCAUCUCCACCAGGGACUCUCAGUCCCUGGUGUCCCAUGAUCUGAGAGAUGUCACCAGCAGCUCCCAGACCUUCCUCUACCUGCCAGAAGGAAGUGAGGUGUUCACUGGAAGCUGUAAUCACAUAGACAGACUGUCUGGUUCUCGACAUUCAUCAGUCAGAGACUCUCAAACCUCUUACGCACUAGAACAGGGCAGCUCUGAGGUUCGGAGCAGAGAGGGGACAAAUCUGACCAAGGACCUCUCAGAUGUGAUUGCCUUGCAGUCUUGUGCAAAAGACCAAGCACUGCAGGUAUCACUGAACUCUGACACAGUCGAAGAGAAAUGCAUCUGAGCUCCUUCAAUGUCUGUGAAACUCUCAGUAAAGACACAGUUUGCAGUCUGCAUUGAGAGGUAGAUUCCCUAAUGAAAACUUCAUAAGUGAAGCCUCUCAAAAACAGCAAAAGGCACAUAAUGAAAAAGUUUUGUGAAGUCGGACACAACAACGAAGUAAAGGCAACAGAGAAAGUUGUGAGCUCUGUUCCUCUGUUCUCUGUUUCAGCACCCAGCUACCUCAGUGAUGAAGAACUAACUGUGUGACUAUGCUUUUGUCAAGUUUCCCAUAACAGAUGUUUCUACUAUAGAGAUGACCCACUUUCUCAUGACUCAAGUGUCAGCGAUGGCAUCGCUGUCCUUCAUAAUUUCAAUAAUUUUGUUCAAUUAUUGUGGAAACCUUGACUUUAUGAAGUCCAUGAGGCCAGUAAUCCAGCAUGACUGAGUCACUGCGGUGUGGUAAAUUAAACUGUAUUCAGUAUGAACCUUAUGAGUAAUCUGGCAUUUGUGCUGCCCUUGUAUCGCUAAGUAAGCAUAAAUUAGUUUCAGCACCUCUGCUGCACAGUAGUUUGAAGGACAUAUUGUGUUAGUUCCAUGACUAAUGUACAGUGUAGUAUUAUGUUCUUGGUGAACAUCCAUUUUUUUUGGUCUUCAGCCCUUGGAAUAUACACAAAUCUGUCAUCUCAAUUAUUCAAGUUUCCUUUUUCCAUCUUACACUGAAGGUACAAUUAUUCCUGUGCCAUAGUUAUAAAGAGAUUGGCAAAUGCCUCUUCACACCACCAAUACCAAACCAUUUACAUCUGAUUGCAAAUGAAGAAUGUCAUUUCCACUGCUGCAUAAUAUUUGAUGCAAAACUGGUGGACAGCUGUUGCUUGUAAGAACAGAUUUUUCAGUACAUCUGUAUGAAUCAGAUGUAUUAUCAAUAAUCUUCUAAAUGAUCACUGUUGUGUAAAAUAUUCUCUGUAAUAUAGAUUAUUCUUCUCUGGGAGAAGGUUCUAGUUGAUAAAUAAUACUAUGUAACUCUAAAAUUCACCCUGCACCCUCACAAAUUCAUGCAUGUUAUUCUAAUGAUCUUAGUCAAGGACCUGAAUCAAUAUUUGUGAACAUGAGCGGCUAUCUCCCAGCACCAUCAUGAAGUCAACCAGGACAUUAAUGUAUAAAGAGCUUAUUUACAAAACUUUAUUAAAAAUAAUCUGAGGGUAAUGGUUCUUUAUCUAAAAAAUAUAAAGAAUUGUCAGCCAAGGACUAAUAAUACCCACUAUCCUUUGUUACUUUGCUUUUAGAGUAACAAUAUGUGCUGCAUUUUUUAUUUAUCAUUAAAGCGACACCUUUUGCUGAUAUUUUACCAGUAUACUAGAGCCUGAACUUUUGGACUCAUGUUUGUCUGACGUUUUCCAACCAAAAUGAGCUUUAUUUUAUCAUGAGGUCCAGCAGCUUUGAAACAUAGU